AAACACGGGUGAAGUAAACAAUACCGUAGUUAUAAUAGAAGCGUUGAUGAAAGUUUUUACUAUCUUUCGUCACUUGGUGCACAUUAAACAGCAAUUAUGAAGCUUGCUCUUGUUCUUAUCGCUCUUUUCAUCGGUUUGUUAGAAGCACAUACUUUACAAAAACGUGGUUUAUGUUGGUCGAACAGUGACUGUGGACCAAAUGAAUGCUGUAGCGGGCUCGGUGGACUUCGCGCUUGUAUGAGUUACGUUGGCGAGAAUGGCUUGUGCAGAAUCAGAACAAGACUGAGUUGUGGUUGUGAACCUGGUUUGACGUGUGUUAAGACAGAAAGUAUCCUCGGUGUUGACGUCAAAAGAUGUAAAGACCUCACCCCAGGAAGUGGAUAUUUCUAAAUAAAAAUUUUAAAAAAAAUUAUGCGUCAUGGAA